AUGCCUGAGAUGCAGACCUUCUAUUACACCAUCCAUCAUCCCUCUGGACUCUACCUGGAACACACUCUUGCACAGCAACGUCUCCUUGAAGACCAAGUAGAGUUAUGGUGGUUCGGGGAGCCACGGCAGUCCUUGUUCUGUUACUGCGCCUCUGUGAGCCUCAUACUGGGGUUGGGCUUUGGUGGCGUGGGCCUUCUGUCCACCACCACAACCAGCCUGUCUGGGGAAUGGCGUCUCGGGGUGGGCACCACCCUCUGUUUCUUGGCCCUGGCUAUUUUGCUCAAGCAGCUCCUCAGCUCUGCCAUCCAGGACAUGAACUGUGUGCACAGCCAGCAUCAGAUUGAGCAGUUGAGGAGCGGUGGGAGAGCUGACCCAGCACUGAUUUUAGCUGUGGGGUUGGCGGUGACGCUGUGUGGGAUGGUGCUGCUCUUUAUGGCUACAGUUGGCAGCCAGCGUCAUGACAGCAGAGAAAUGCUGGUGUUUGGUAUGAUACUGCUGGCUGCUGGUGCAGGCAUGUCACUGGCUAUAGUGGGCUACAGUGUGGGGGUGCACCUCAAGAAGAGAAGGGAACAAAGAAGGAGAAGGUGGAGGAGAGCGAGGAUGAUGGGGAGUCGACCUGUCCGAGUGUUCAGUGUAGGUGGACAGAUAAAUCCGGCCAGAGGAGUCACUUCUGCCAGCAGAACUAGCUUUCUCUGA